CACGUCUGGCUUGUCAAUCGUUCAGAGACAAACUGAUAAAAUGAUACAAUUACGCGCUUUUUUCCGGAACGCGUCACGUCACGCAGAACACUGUUUGUCUGUGAAAAGCCAAACUACGCCCAGGGCAUGGAUCUCCACUGGACCUCAGCAGCAGCACGGAACCUUCUAUGAGUUCCGCACCUAUUACAUCCAGCCACAUCUCAAUGCUGCCUUCCUCAAACUGACCAAUGAGAAGAUCCACCUGCGGACAGCCCACUCAGAGCUCGUUGGAUACUGGAGUGUGGAAUAUGGAGGUCUUAAUCAGGUUUUCCACAUCUGGAAGUACGACAGCUAUGCUCAGCGUGCAUCUGUGCGGGCAGCCCUGGCUCAAGACCCCAACUGGAUUGAGCAGUACAUCUCUAAAGCGAUGCCCAUGCUGAGCUCUCAGGAUAAUGAGGUGUUGUACCUCGUACCAUGGAGCAAAGUUCAGAAGCCACCCAAAGAUGGAGGAGUUUUCGAGCUGUCCACCUUCCAGAUGAAGCCAGGCGGUCCUGCGGUGUGGGGCAAGGCGUUUCAGGCAGCAGUGGGCAUCCACACCGGGUCACGAUACGCCCAUGCAGUUGGGGUUUUUCACUCUGAAUUUGGACCGCUCAAUCAAGUGCAUGUUUUAUGGUGGUAUGAGAGUGCAGACGAGCGGGCAGCGAUACGGCGUACAUCUCAUGAAGACGCCAGAGUGGUGGCGGCAGUAAGGGAAAGUGCGGUGUACCUGGUAUCACAGAAGAACAAACUCAUGUUCCCCUGUGCUUUCUCACCAAUGAAAUAAAAUGGCUUCAUGGUUUGACUCCAAACUUAUGUAGAUGUAGAGGGAAAUUUUAUUUAUGCAGUGCAUGAGAUCAGUGAACUGAUAAACAGAUUUAAUUCUAGCAAGUUUCUGCUUAUGGUCAAAUAAUGAUUGUGAAUCAAAAUAAUGCUUUGCAUCACAGUAAGACUUCUGUCUUCAAGCUACUGCACAGUGUUUCACAAUGUCAUUCUAUUUCUAAAUAAAUGCUUACAUAUCAAAGUCAGAAA